AUGAACAACAUUGUGGCCAACCUUCUGCUGCACGUCACCAGCUCUGCGCGCUUCCCCGGCUCUCUCAACAUGGAUCUGAAUGAGAUUCCAAUGAACUUGGUUCCAUUUCCUGGACUGCACUACCUGGUCCCCAGUCUCACUCCGCUCUACAGCCUGGCAGACGUGGGCCUGCCCCCCCGGAGGUUGGACCAGAUGUUCAGUGAUGCCUUCAGUAAAGAGCAGCAGCUGAUCGAGGCCGAGCCGAGGACCGGUCUGUACUUGGCCUGUGCUCUGCUGCUGCGCGGAGACGUGGGCGUGUCCGACCUCAGACGGAACAUCCAGAGACUCCGGCCCACGCUGCCGUUCGUGCGGUGGAACCAGGAGGGCUGGAAGGCGGCGCUGUGCUCGGUGCCCCCGGUGGGACACGCCCACUCUCUGCUCGCUCUGACCAACAACACCUGCCUCCAGGACACGUUCGGACGCCUCAGGGACCGCUUCAGUAAACUGUACCGGAGAAAGGCUCAUCUUCAUCACUACCUGAACGUGGAGGGACUGGAGCAGAGCACCUUCUCAGAGGCGCUGUCCUCUCUGAACUCUCUGAUUGAAGAGUACCGACAGCUGCACAUGACCAAAGACAAAGUGGCCUCUGCUCCUCGGCUCAAGAACCUGACAGAGAACCUGACAGAGAACCAGACAGAGAACCUGACAGAGAACCUGACCGAGAACCUGACCGAGAACCUGACCGAGAACCUGACCGAGAACCUGACCGAGAACCUGACCGAGAACCUGACCGAGAACCUGACCGAGAACCUGACCGAGAACCUGACCGAGAACCUGACCGAGAACCUGACAGAGAACCUGACAGAGAACCUGACAGAGAACCUGACCGAGAACCUGACCGAGAACCUGACCGAGAACCUGACAGAGAACCUGACAGAGAACCUGACAGAGAACUUGACAGAGAACUUGACAGAGAACCUGACAGAGAACCUGACAGAGAACCUGACAGAGAACCUGACCGAGAACCUGACCGAGAACCUGACCGAGAACUUGACAGAGAACCUGACCGAGAACCUGACCGAGAACCUGACAGAGAACCUGACAGAGAACCUGACCGAGAACCUGACCGAGAACCUGACCGAGAACUUGACAGAGAACCUGACCGAGAACCUGACCGAGAACCUGACCGAGAACCUGACCGAGAACCUGACCGAGAACCUGACAGAGAACCUGACAGAGAACCUGACAGAGAACCUGACCGAGAACCUGACCGAGAACCUGACCGAGAACCUGACAGAGAACCUGACAGAGAACCUGACAGAGAACCUGACCGAGAACCUGACAGAGAACCUGACAGAGAACCUGACAGAGAACCUGACCGAGAACCUGACAGAGAACCUGACAGAGAACCUAUAUCUUUCCCAAAGUUUCCUCUCCGUGACGGCUUCAGUUUCCUCUCCGUGA